AUGGAGGAUCUCCCAGAGCCACUGCUUGCAGAGAUCGUCAAGAGGAUUACCAAGACAAGUGAUCUUAAUUCUCUUUCCCUCGUGUCGAAGCAGCUCUGCACCGUUGAGGCGGAGCACAGGGAUGCUAUCCGCGUUGGCUGUGGACUCGACCCUUCUACAGAAGCCAUGGUAUCGCUGUUCUCCCGGUUCCUCAAUUUGGCAAAAGUAGAGAUCAACUAUUCUGGAUGGAAGCCCAGCAACGGGGACCAGUUGAACAACCAAGGCCUCCGUGUUCUAUCUUCUCACUGCCCCUUCCUGUCCGAUCUUGCUUUAAGCUUCUGCUCAUACAUUGGUGACUCUGGUCUUGGUUAUCUAGCUGAUUGCAAAAAAUUGAGGUCGCUCAGGCUGGACCAUGCAUCAGCAGUCACUUCUACUGGGAUUUUCCGGGUGGCGGUUGGUUGCUGGUAUCUUUCGGUUCUCCACCUUGUUGACUGUACGGCAGUAGACACCAGGGAGUGGCUGGAGUACCUUGGGAGGUAUGGAUCACUGGGGGAACUUGUUGUUAAGGAUUGCGAUGGAAUCAGCCAGUAUGACCUUUUAAAGUUUGGCCCAGGAUGGUCGAAUCUCCAAAAGUUUGAGUUCGAGAUUAAUGGAAAUUACUGA